CCCUGGGCCGCGAGGGCGCGCCCGAGCUGCCAUGGCGGCGGGGCCCGGAGCUCCCGAUUCCGGGCCUGCAGCGGCCGCCCGCUUCUUCUGCACGGCGGGCCGCGGUUUGGAGCCCUUCCUCAUGCGGGAGGUGCGGGUGCGGCUGCAGGCCACGCAGGUUGAAUAUGUUUCAGGAAAAGUUUUUUUUACCACCUGCUCUGACUUGAAUAUGCUAAAAAAAUUAAAAUCUGCAGAAAGAUUAUUUUUACUGAUUAAAAAGCAGUUUCCGUUUAAUGUUUCUUCUGUAAACAAAGGAAAAAUAUAUAAUGAAAUGCAAAGACUUAUAAAUGAUGAUCCUGAAAGUUGGUUGAAUGCCAUUUUGAUUUGGAAAAAUCUUCUUGAACUUGAUGCAAAAAAGAAAAGACUUUCUCAAAGAGAUGCUAACCUACUAAAAAGAAAAGUGGGAGAAAAUGACACCAUUAUCACUAAGAAAUUAAAAGCAGAACAAAUGCAAAAGACACAAGAGAGUAGGGAAUGCCAGCUGGAAAAACAAAUAGGAGAGGAAACGCCAGCGCAAGGAGAGUUUCUCACUAACAGAGAAAAAUUUCAACUAGAAGAAUGUCAGACUGAAGCAGCGAAAGCAGCUGGCACCCCCAGCCAGAAAGACUUGACUUUCAGAGUGUCUUGUCGCUGCAGCGGAGCCAUGGCGAAGACCUUUUCUGCUCAGGAGGUAGGAAGAAUCAUUGGAAUUGCUCUUAUGAAACAAUUUGGGUGGAAAGCAGAUUUGAGGGACCCAACUGCAGAGAUCUUUAUACACCUGAAUGACCUUUAUUCCAUCGUGGGAAUUCCCGUGUUCAGGGCUCCCUUGGCCAGCCGAGCUUACAUCAGGACGGCAGGGCUGCGGUCCACCAUAGCGUGGGCGAUGGCCUCCGUCGCUGAAAUUAAGGCUGGUGCAUUGGUUUUAGAUCCAAUGUGUGGACUUGGAACAAUACUUCUGGAAGCCGCUACAGAGUGGCCGGAAGCGUACUAUGUGGGUGCUGACGUCAGCGACUCGCAGCUCCAAGGUGCCCGUGACAACCUGAAAGCUGCAGGCCUUGAGGAUAAAAUUGCGCUACUGAAAGUCUCUGUUGUAGAAUUGCCGUUGCCUCCAGAAAGUGUUGAUGUUAUUAUUUCUGACAUUCCAUUUGGGAAAAAGUUUAAGUUAGGAAAAGACAUCAAAAGCAUUCUACGAGAAAUGGAAAGAGUGCUCCGCGCCGGCGGGGCAGUCGUUCUGUUGCUCGGCGAAGCUCACUGCAGGAGCCUCGCAGCCGACCGAGACAGCAGCGUCCCUCCGAAUUCCAAAGGCGGCCACGCCGACGAACCCGGAGCAGAGAAGUGCCUGAUUCCCGAAGAAAAAACUGGCACGUCAGAGACAGUGUCACCUUCCUUGGAAGCCGAUAACCAAGAAUGCCCACCCAAAAUGCCACCAUUUGGCUCUUUGGUGCCCGUGGAAUGCUACAAAGUUAGCCUUGGGAAAACAGAUGCAUUUAUAUACAAAUAUAAGAAGUUGUACUCUUCUGGACUAGAGCAGCCUGCAUACCGUGUGCCAUGUUCCCGUCCUUGAAUGUCAGGCCUGCAGCAGAAGCGGUUGCCUCCAGGUUCUCGAGAGUGCGCAGAGUUCCGAGUGGACACGUGCCUCCGGAGACAGGGGGCGUGGCUGCCGGACACGGGUUUUUAGCUCGUGUUUCUGCUUUAGGCUCCGAAGGGCUUCGUGCUUCUGACAAAGAACAAUGAAUAGAUAUUAAACUCAAGUGCUCCUAAACUUUGUGUCCUGUGAGAGCAGGACAAGUUCUGCUCUGCCUGCAGAGUUUCUGAGCACCAACAAAACAACAUUUUUCAGGGGUUCACAAAGUGUAUCAAAGUCAUCGCAGGUCGGUGAUAGUUUACCAGAUUUUUUUAAAUAUUGGAACUUUUAUGCUAACUUUUGACAUUAAACUUGAUUUUUGAGCCUGUAAUUUUAUGUACAAU